GUAACUGCCAAAAACGUAACAAUAUCCUGCACUACCAGCGUGCUAGCGAACUAAGGAGUCACAGGCUCAAUCGAACAAAAUGGCCACUAUAGUAAAGAGCCCGUUCGGUGAUCGUGCUCUAGACGUUCGGGAGAAUUUCGGCGGCUACAUCCUGAACCACCUGCGCCUAAAUUCAAAUUCUAGAUUGAUAAAUGCCACGUCACACGCCGAGCAAACGUACGGCGAACUGGCCAGUCAGGUGGAAGCCGUCCACGCUGCCUUGAGAAGCCUCGGAGUCUGCGCCGGUGACAAACUGUGCCUCAUCACUCCGAAUCGCUUUGAGCUCCUGCAGAUUUUUUUUGGCGCCGCUUGUGCCAAUGUGGCUGUCGCCUACGAGUACCCGGGAUACUCUGUCGGUGUCCUCAUCGAGUUGAUGAAAGACAUCAAGUUCACUGUUAUUUGUUGCGAACUAAGCGACAUGGACUCAGCACUUGAAUUGAAGACGAGGCAGCCAAGCAUAAACCACAUCAUUGCCAUGGGCGAAUCUACAAGUGUGCAGACUGGCAUGGAUGGCUUUGUAAUAUCCUGGAGCGAGUUCAUCGAGAUGGGCACCAAAUCACGCCUUCUAUCAUCGCCCUCUAUCGAGUACCAAUCAAAUCGCAUAUGCUACAUGCGUUCUACGAGCGGCACCACAGGAAAACCCAAAAUGGUCGUGCACUGCCACGAUUCACUUGUGGCAAGUGUAAAGGCUAACAGUCACCAACAGCACAUGGGCUUGUCGGCGGAAGACGUGCUUUUGUGUACCAGUACUCUUGGUCACGUCUACGCCUUGUUUGACUGCGUAUGCAAGGCCAUCGUCCAGGGAGCUACAUGCGCGUUCCUUGAAAAGGCUGACACAGAGGCAACUCUCGACGCACUCCAGAGGUUCAAGGCAAGCACUGUACUUUUCACGGUGCCAUAUAUGGCCCGUUGCCUUCUAGAACAUCCGCAACGCAGCCACUACGAUCUCAGCCACUUGCGCUACCUUGCAACUGGAACAAGCUACAUCAGUGAAGAUGUUGCGAAGAGCCUCUUCCGUGAGCUCAACCUCAAGAGCUACGUUCAAAUCUACGGGCAAACGGAGUUCGUCUUCAUAACAGGAGGCCUGCACGAUUCACCGCCAAGGUUUGCGUCGAUCGGGCGUCUAGGAGUGGGCGUUGAAGCCAUGGUAAUAGACAGCGAAACGAAAAAGCCACUUGGCCCAAUGCAGCAAGGUGAGCUCGUAGUCCGAGGGCCCGGCAUAAUGCGAGGAUAUUGGGUGGAAGAUGAGCCAUGCACGGAUUCUGAAGGAUGGUACAGAACAGGUGACGAGUGCUACUUCGACCAAGAAGGCUGGCUCUACCUCGUGCAGCGACUGAAUGAGGCCAUGUACUGCCGCAACUUCAAAAUUAUACCAGCCAAAGCUGAAGCAGUCCUGUUACAGAGUGCCCAUGUGAAAGACUGCGCUGUCGUGGGCCUGCCGGAUAUACAGGCCGGGCAUCUGCCGCACGCCAUAAUAGUCCCAAAGGUCGACAGCAACCACCUUGGCCCAGAGUACUACAGAAACUUUGCUGAUGAGAGGAUGCCACAGGAAUAUAAACUUGAAGGUGGUGUCACGCUCGUCGAAUCAAUUCCGCGCAACAAUCUGGGAAAAUUGGUGAGACGCGAGCUGGCGAAAUGGGUGCUUGAGCGACGUUACCAAGGCAGCCUGCAGUAAUGUUUCGGAUCGUCACCUCGUGCAGCUAAUUAUGCACGCAUGAGUGAUUAAUAUCUACACCAAACGCAUUGGGGACUAAAUUUACUUUUAGCUAAUACGUUGUGCGCAUACAUAUUUUGAAAUAAACCGAUACUAUAGGAUCAUCA